GCCUGGGCAUCUGAACUGCAGGCCAUAUGGGAGCGCCUCUCCCUGAGCCCCGCAGCAGGGCUCCCUGCCCAUGCCCUGCCAUGGGCCACACGAUGCCAGCGACCCUGUGAGCCAGUGGGAAAGCUCCCUGCAGUGGUUAAGUGCUGGCUGGGCACCCAGCCUGCUGCCCUUAACAAUGGCUGCAGCUAAGCAAAUGGCUCCUAAUUGACUUCGGGCGACACUUGAUUGCUCCUCUGCAAAAACAAAGGAGUGGGAAGCAUCAGGGUUUAUACAACAACAACGACUAAUCCGGGAGGCGGGAGCAGGGGGUGGGCCUCAGAGACCUGUCAAGCAGAGAGUCAAUCAGGGCCAGGGGCCAAGCAGCACCUUCUGGUCCAAGCCAAGCCCCCCAGGAAAUGGGAACAAUCAGGGCAAUUGGCAAGCAGAAGGGCAGCAUUGUCUCCCCCAGAGAGGGCUGCCCCAGCCAGACUGGAUUAGCACAGGGACUCCCGGCCUAUAAAAGCCAGGGGCUGAGGGCAACAGCACAUCUGCUGCCUGCCUCCCACCAGAGAUGGGUGCAAAGAGUGGCAGGGGCUGGGUACUGACAUGGCCAUGGCUGCUGGCCCUGCUGGGCAGGAGCCACCUGGCUGUCCAGGGGAGGACCCUGCCCAGGACCUCGCAGUGCGUGCCCGUCCCCAAGAGCAUGGCCCUGUGCUACGGCCUCGGCUACACCGACAUGAGGCUGCCCAACCUGCUGGAGCACGAGACUGUGGCCGAGGCCACUCAGCAGGCCUCCAGCUGGCUGCCUCUGCUGGCCAGGGAGUGCCACCCGGACGCCCGGAUCCUGCUCUGCUCGCUCCUCGCCCCCGUCUGCCUGGAGAGCUUCAUCUUCCCAUGCCGCAGCCUGUGCGAGGCUGUGUGGAGCAGCUGCGCCCCCAUCAUGGAGUGCUAUGGCUACCCCUGGCCUGAAAUCCUGAACUGCGCCAAGUUCCCUGCGGAUCACAGCCUGUGCAUCGCAGCCAUCACCCCCGAAGAGACAGCUGCCAGCCGGAGAGCCGUACCACGAGCCAGCUGCAAUGACUGUGAGCUCCAGGAGGCCAGCACUACCAGAGAGGUCCUGGAGGGCUUCUGCGCCAGCGACUUCACUGCAAAAAUCCGCAUAUCCCGGAGGAACGCAACGUCUACCCUAGCUGGUUUCAGCCUGGACACCAGGGUGGAGAUGCUGAAGCAUGGCCCCCUGCUGUGGGCCGACACCUACCCCAAGCUGCAGCAGUGGCUGGACCUGGACGCCACGUGCGUGCACAACAUCAUGCGGGGGACACAGGCGGGUGUCUAUGUCGUCAGUGGGACCAUGCACCAGGGCCGCCUGGUGGUGAACAAAGCCUAUGACUGGCACAGAAGGAACCGAGCCCUGCAGCUGGCUGUGCGGCGCUGGAAGCAGCACCGGUGCCGCAGAUAGGCUGGCAGGCUGCUCCAGCCCCACUCCCACACACUGCUCCCUCCCCAGGCCUAGAGCACGACCCCUGCCAGCCCUGGCCAGGGGAAGGGGCUUGGAGCAGCAGGCACUUGAAUGGGUCAGAUGUAGUUGCUAGCCAGGGGCCAGGCCACAGCAUUACACCACAGGAUCCCUGUAAGAGGCUAGGGAGGCACUGCUGCUUCAGAGGGCACAGCACUCUCCUCCUGCCGCACUGGAGCCCAGCUGGAAGCAGCAUCACAGCAAAAGUGAAGGGGACCCCUUAGGUCAGAGCUGCCCCAUGGAGACACCCACUAAUUAGCCCUGCCUGUUCCCUCCCAGCAACAUGCCGUAGGCACUUCAGCGCUGUUACCGAUCUGCAACACAGGGCCACAGGCUGUUCCAGACACAAAGGUAUCAUGUGGGUCACCUGCCUGGCAGGAAGAGACAAGGGAGCUGCAUCCUCCAUCACACCUUGUACCUCCCAGGCUCCCUGUGUAGGAGAGCAAGGGCUUAGUUUUGUACUGCGCUAGCACAGGGCAGCACUGAGCACAGCCCUCUGGCAGCCUCAACCCUGCAGCACAAGGCCAGGGCCAGAGCAGGGAGAGGCAACGCCAGCAUGAGAGAGUUCUGCUCUCCCACUCCCACAGAAGUUCAGGGCAGUGGGCAAACUGGAGAAGGCAGAAAGCAGGGCAGUUGGAGGGGGUGGCUUUGGCCAGGCGGUUCAGGGAGCUGGAGAGGCAAGGUUAUUAUGGUAAUAUCUUUUAUUGCACCAACUGCUCGUUAGCACCUUUGUUAGCACCUAAUGAUGCCCCUGACCUAGUGCCCUGGAGAAAGGGAAGCCCCAGGGCAGGAUUUACUGCUUUCCUACAACCCAGGAAGCUGAUCACCAGCAAAUCACUGUAAACAUCCCCUAGCUGGAGAUGCAUCUGAUACCAUUGUCUCCCUAAUGAUGGCACUAAUUGGCCACGAGACUUCCCUAAGGUCAGGGAUGGAGUCCCCAGGCCUUCCCCUAUUGAAAUGGGGUCAGGGAGGUCAGCUGGGCCCUGGUCCCUGUAUCAGGAGGGAAGAUGCCCCUUAGCUGUCAGUCCAGCUCAGCACUGCCAGCUGGUCUGUGAACAGCCAGGCUGCACAGGCCUUGCCUACCGUAUGGAGUUAGCUGGGAACUGCUCAAGAAAGAUGUGCACUGACAGCCAGGAAAUGCAGGGGUGGGGGAGACUUCCCACUGCCCCCCUUACCCAGCGAGAUCUCCAGUCCCAGGGCAAAGCAGAGCCAGCUGGAAGGAGGCCUCUUGUUGAACUUUGAGUACAUUCCUGUAGCACUGCCUCUCCAGAGCAAGUCCUCCCAGGUCAGACAGAGGGGCUGGAGUGCCAGGUUAAGUCUGCUGAUGGUCCACAGCUUUCCUGAAGGCUGGGACCAGCUCUCUGAAAUAAACAGCAUUCACAAAGACAAAGCAGCCAGGACCCAGGGAAACUGGACCAGCAAAACCCAAUUGUCCUGUACCCCCAGGCCACACUCUGUCUCACUGCUCUUAUCAUGGGGGUGACUGUUGGAAGACAUUCACUCCACAUCUGGGUCCUCUCCCGCUGCCAAAAGGAACGCUGUUGGAACGUGAGAGUUAUGAAUACUGUGUAUUCAGACCCUACGAUGACCGAGCUGUGGGUUUCUGAAGGACGCUUGUUGCAUUAAAGGGAUCCAACAAGAAACGUGUGUGGUUCACUCUGCCAGCCACUGUGCCCGCCUUUCCCUAUCAGAGGAAGGGACGGUGCCAUGCAGAAGUCAGUGGUGCUGCUGUGCCAGUACCUGCCCUAGACGCAGUUUCUCUCUGCCCUACCAAGAGAGCUCAGGAAUCGUUACUGCCAGGAGGAUGAAUGCAGGUACUUCCCAGUGGGACAGAGAGAACUUCCAGGAAGCCUAGAACCAAGUGCCAGGAGAACCGGGCUGUCCAUGGGGGUCAAAAUGCAGGGUGGAGUGGGUUUCACAUGGAGGGUUUUUGUGC